CAAUUUUGCAUUUGAGCUUAAAUCCAAUUAAAAUCAAUUCAGAUUAAUUGCAUUUGGAAGCUGGCACAAUCGAGUGAGUAUUCCUCAACACGCAUUGGGCACAACAGUAAAAAUAAAUAAUAUAUAGCAAGCAUGAUCAGACGACGAAGUACAAUCAACAGCAUGAGCUGUACAACCAGUUCCCUCUUGGGCCUAUCAGGCAUUGGGCUGCUAUUCGCGUUGCUGCAGCUGCAGAUUGCACCCAGCCAGGCUCAUGUACAUCCGGUGCUCACAUACAAGAACGCCUCCACGCAGCUCGGCCAGUUGGUCACGUCGAGCACCUUGGUUUGGGAGAGCUACGACCCGAAGGAUGCCAAGCAGAUGCAGUCAGCCGUCGAAGGCGGCAAAUACAUAACAGAGGAUGAACAUUAUCCCAUCUAUGUUUGCCGCGUGACUAUCGAUGGUGUGCGCACCUCUGGUCAUACCGAGAAGGUGCAGCAGAAGCACGUGUGCGUUGCCGCGCUCUACAAGCACAGCAUCAACGAGCACUUUGAUGUGCUGAUGAAUAGGGGACAUCUGGGCAAGAUCGCUUGGAAGCACUGGACCAAAUUCAACGCGGGCAUACCCGUAGGCGCCAUACAAAUCGGCGACGAUUCCUACAUUGGACGCCAUCGCGCGGUGCAUCAUGCGAAUGCCGAGGGCGGAGAGACGCAUCGUGGUGCCGACUACAAUCUGGGCAGACUGGAGCCACUGGGUCUGGGCAAGAUCAAAGUGGCGGAGAGCGAGGGCGAAAAGUACUACGAUGAGGGCGAGGUGCUGGUCGAAACAGAGCCCUUCAGCUACGAGCUGCGCGACAUCAAGCUGGAUCGCCUGCGCACCACACUGCGCGAGAACAUGACCGAGCUGGCCAGCGGAAUUCUGGAGAACCGUGGCGAAACCUACGACACCAUGGAGAAGGUGAUGAGUUACAGCUUUGACUAUCUGCAGUACUGGGGCUCACAUGAGGGCGUUGCCAAGGGUCUGCCCACCAAGAUAUAUGAGAAGAAUGGAGCCGCGCCGGCCGAAAUCAAUUGGGCACUGAAGCGCGGCGAGAAACGCCACGAGAACAAGGCUGUCUACAGUAAACUCUGGCCGGGCACGGCUAUCAACGUGACGCUGCGCGGCAACUAUGUGACCCUGGAGGCGCCUUACACCGCCAAGCUGUCGGCUUUCUACUACGACAGCGAGAGCGUUUCGCGCAAGAUCAGCGCCGAGGUGCGCAAAAGCUACUUGAAAGAUGUCAAAAUGGAGUUCAGUCCCGUCUAUUGGAUUGAGAAUGGCACCGUCGUGCCAACGACCACCACCACAUCGACCACAUCGACAACGACACAUGCGACUACCACCAGCACCAAUGAGCCAACGCCCAUACACGAGCCGCCGCUGGUGCGUGUCGAGCAUGUGGGCGUUAAGCAUUCCGGUCCGGAUUCGCUGGAGAAAACGUUAAAUGAUUCAACCGCAACCAACGAGAUCAGCUCAAAUGAGGCGCCCGAGAAUAUGUCCUCCAAGGACGCAGCGCUCGCUGGCUUCGGUAUUGGCGGCGGCAACAAUAAGGCGCCAGCCACAAUAGCCGCAACAGGACUUGCUGGAGUCGUCGGCAGCAGCAUAACGCUAAUCUUGAUGCUGUCAAAUCUGUAGAUGGGUUGGCCAGGGCCAGGUCUGUGGCAGAAGGGUCUACCCAAUUAGCAUAGCGUUUAAUUGUUGUUGUUGUACCUGUUGUACCCGUCUUUGAGAGCGUGUCGCGAGCGUAGAGAGACAGACACACAAAAGUGGAAAGAUAGACAGACAUAAUAUUUAUAGAACGCCCAAAAAAAUAUUUAAAAAAAUCAAAAACCGGUUAGCUUUCUGUGUGGGUGUUCAUUGGAUGUUAGAGGCGAACAAAAGUUGAUAUUUUUUAUACUUGUCCCCCAAUGCCUGCUUCUUCUUCUAUCUCUACAUAUAUAUAUAUAUAUGUAUAUAUAUAUAUAUACCGUAGUAGCAAAAAGAAAUUGAAUUUUAAGAGACAAACAUAAAACAUUCCUAAACUAGCCCCUCACAAAAGGAAAUGAAUCAAAAGUACAUAUAUAUACACAAAUACAAUAUAUAUAUAUAUAUAUGUAUAUGUUUAUAUAGUCCGAUAAACAAUAUUGAGCAUAUUUUAAAGCUGCUUUGCAUAGUUUCUUAUCCUCAUUUUCCGGCUUUUUAUAUUAGUUUGUUAAGGCGCUAAAGCAUUCACAAUAAGCUGUAGGAAAAGUAAAUGAAUUAUUUGAUCGGUCGUUUGAUAGAGGGUUGAUAUAAUAUACGCUCUAUGAUAUGAUGUAUAUGUCUAAAAUGUAAAAUCUAUGUAAAACAUAAGUAUAUGUAUAUGUAUGUUUAAGUGAAACACUCCAAAUAUGUAAAUUAGUUACUAAUUAUUUUCUUUUAUGUGCCCGCGUCCCCCCCUCCUCUACCCAACCAAAACUUCGGCUAUAUUUUGCUCGUAUACACUUCUUAGUUUAACAUACUCAUAUGUCUUGUAUUUUGUUUUCGAAACUGUGUUGAAAUUCCAAAAAGCAAAGAAUCUCGUAAAGCUCUAAUUUCGUUUAAAGUAAAGCAAACAAAAAAUAAA